ACUAACGGGUGAAUUUGACAAGGGAUCAUCAAACAAACCUCUUUGAAGAAAUCAUUCCUAGCGGAGGAGUUACUAGCCAUCUUAGGAUAUAUUCAUCAUUUCAGUCUUAAGCUUAGGUAGCUUUCGCUACAAAAUGAUGCGAUGAGUUUUAAAGUUGUACUAUGGAGGAAAUUGGUCGAUGUUUCGAUGUUUCCUCGUUUGAAAUAAUUGUAGGCCAUUGACUGACUGACGUAGAAAGUGCGUGUACCUCCUAACCUUAGGUAUGCUUCUAUCCAAUUGCGCAUUAUGCAUUUAUGCAUUCAUGCAUAUCCCCUCAGGUGACUUCAACACUUGGGGAUUUUUGCACAUUAAUGAAUUAACAAGUCAGGUACCUAAUUCAUCUCAACCAAAAAUUUUAUAAAACUUAUAGUCGCACGUCCUUCGAGAGAACAGAUUGAAUCUAAUUAGGUACCUGUUAACGGGGAAAGAAGAUGGCGCCGUCGGGAACCUUCACUACGACGGUGCACCCAUUCGAAUCUCCAACAGCCCACGCCUGUGCUUAUGAAGUCGGCCUCACUAACGCAAGAAAUGCUCUCGUGUUCGUCGGUGGGCUUGGUGAUGGACCUCACACAGUGCCAUAUCCCAGGGCGAUAGCUAAGCGUCUAGAAUCAGAACAUGACCUAAGCUAUUCCGUCUUUGAGUUUAGGUUGUCCAGCUCUUUCUCGGGCUUUGGAUUUGGCCGUCUAGCUAGCGAUGUAGCUGAUAUAUCGGCUCUCGUCAAGUAUCUGCGGAGUAUAGGAAAGGAACGUAUAGUCUUAUUAGGCCAUUCCACCGGAAGCCAAGAUUUAAUGGAGUAUACAUCGCCAUCCCAUAAUGCCGCGCCGGUCGAAGGGUACAUUCUCCAGGCACCAGUAUCGGAUCGCGCCGCGAUAGCGUCGGAAAUGGGUGAAUCUAAAUUAGAGGAAAGUCUCGAGAUUGCCAAACAGCUCAUCACUUCUGGUAGGGGCCAUGAGCGUAUGCUGCCUGAGAGUCUCUCAUCUUCCUUCCAUGAUACGCCGAUAUCUGCGUCGCGGUGGUACGCGCUUGGGGCAGCCGAUGGUGAAGACAAUUACUUCGAUCCCGGGCUCCCGGAUGACAUAGUUGAGCCUUACUGGAAGCGAGUAGACAAGCCAAUCCUUAUACUUCACUCGGGGAACGAUGAAUAUGUGCCAAGUUCUAUCGAUAAAGAUGCGCUUGUUCAGCACUGGAGGACACUUUGCCGGCCAGGCAUUGCCAGUGAACUCUCGGGUACGAUCCCGGGCGCCGGCCAUAGGGUAGAGGAGCCGGAGGCAGAAGAAUGGCUCGUCAACACGGUUGUCAAAUUUUUGCAAAAUAUUAAAUAAUUCCCGACAUGGAGAAAUAAAAAGUAAAAUGGAGCUAUCGGAUGAGGUGCCACUCUAAGCCGCGCUCGCUACUUCGAGGUCGGCGAUCGCACAGAGUUCGGACACAUCCCUUAGAUUAUCAUCGCCGAAUACCUACCUCAGGUGAACACCGAUA